AUGGCUGCAGGUAAAUAUACUUCACUGUCUCCUUUCACCUGAGCAUUCAAACUAACUCAGCUUCAUUCCAGAGACACCUUUGUCACGCCUCACGCGGUGUGGUAGCAAUUUAUCACCUCGCUCCAUGAACGUCAAAUGGUGGGAUAGCGCUAAAGAUAGCAAUGCUACGCCUAGGUGGGAACAUUGUUCUACGCCGCGUCAGUCAACACAAAUCAUCCGGAAGAAGUCGCACUGAAGUCGGAUAGGAUGUUGCGGCACUACAGGGGGCCUGAGUUGGAAUGAAAACGUGUUAUAUUGGUAGCCUACAUCAUAACAGAACAGGUUGCUGCUCUGCCCUUCAAAGCUUGUGUUUGUCAGGUGAAAAAAGGAUCAAACUGUUUAGAUGACAUUAAGCCAUCAUUGCUGUGAUGGAGAAAAAUGCUGUAAUAAUGAAGGACAAAACUAUAAACACCCUCAAAAUAACAGAAUCCGACAAUAUAUUACAAUCUUAUUUUGUUGGAAUCAAGAGGGGAAUAGCUUUUGGGAUUUCUAAUCGCAAAUAAACAUUCAACAUCUUUAUUUUAUCGAUCUUUAUGACAAGAAUAUCUCUCAAUGCUCGAGACCUGAGGAGACACUACUGCCUCUUUUGUCAAUAUUUUAGAUUAGCCCAUAAAUCGGAUAAUAACUAACUCUGUAAAGACCUUGUUUGGUGAGAAACACCACCCACAACUAUUCUCUCUAGUUCAGACGUGUGUAUGGUGCUGGGUAUGUCAGACCAGAAGGAGGGUUUCAGUAUCAAGGACUCUUUUCUAAAACAGGUGUGACAACUUCACUGUCUCUGCAUGUUUAUUUUCUAAUUAAAAAGUUGCUUAAUUGAACGGAGUUUAGGAUAAGCCUUUAUAUUAACAUUAAUUUUAUUUAAUCUCUCCUGGCCAUAAGGGACUGACAGAUGUAGCUACACCAAUGGUUUAGACCGUUUGGCAUUUUAUGGACAGCUUCUCCCGCUCCGACCAAUGAAUGAAUGCGACCAUGCGCAACUGGCAAAAAAUGAUUGCUGUCCUUUAUGAAAUGACCCUGUUCAUGUAAAAAUGACCAAAUACAUUCACCGUUUAAAGCAAAACUACCAAAACUAUUUCUUAUGGUGAACUUGAACACUCUAAAUAAAAUCUGAAUGAUUGAAAAUCCCAAUCAGAAGUUGGAUGUGAGUUGCGUCCACUCCGGUAGGCUACACAACUCGGGUAAAACCCCCUUCUACAACGCAUUUGGUGACAAUGACCCAGCAAAUUUCAUUGGUUGUCACUCAACUAAUAAAGCUUAUGAUUGUACAUUGUGAAAGCCAUUUUACAAGCAUCUGAAUGCAGAUGUACGAAUAGCCUCCUACAACAAUUAGAACAGGGAUAGGCCUACCUCUCGUUGGCACGAGUCGUAUGCAUAAAAGUAUGGAGACAUUUUUUUUUGUAUGCACUCACUAACUGUAAGUCGCUCUGGAUAAGACCGUCUGCUAAAUUACUAAAAUGUAAUAGUCUACUGAACUGAAGGAGAGGACGCAUCAAUUUAGUCAUAACAGAUUAGGUAUUUUCGGAAUGAAAACAAUAUGAGUAAAAAAACACCUAUUAGUAAUGUUUGAAUCGGUUUUCUGACCGAUUCAUGCUUAAUUUGGAUCGGUUUGGGCUUCCGCGGACCGAUGCACUCAUAUCUUAAAUAUUUGAACCGAGACCGAUGCGUAUCGGUAAAUCGUUACAUUCCUAGUGUCUCCACAUACACUACAUGACCAAAAGUAUGUGGACACCUGCUCGUCGAACAUCUCAUUCCAAAAUCAUGGGCAUUAAUAUGGAGUUGGUCUCCCCGUCGCUGCUAUAACAGCCUCCACUCUUCUGGGAAGGCUUUCCACUAGAUGUUGGAACAUUGCUGGCCGGGGGACUUGCUUCCAUUCAGGCAACAAGAGCAGUAGUGAGGUCAGGCACUGACCGGGGCAGCUCUAGCAGGGCAAACAUUUGACGAACUGACUUGUUGGAAAGGUGGCAUCCUAUGAUGGUGCCACAUUGAAAGUCACUGAGCUCUUCAGUAAGGCCAUUCUACUGCCAGAAUUUGUCUAUGAAGAUUGCAUGGCUGUGUGCUCAAUUUUAUACACCUGUCAGCAACGGGUGUGGUUGAAAUAACCGAAUCCACUCAUUUGAAGGGGUGUCCACAUACUUUCUGCCAUAUACAGUGGGGAGAACAAGUAUUUGAUACACUGCCGAUUUUGCAGGUUUUCCUACUUACAAAGCAUUUAGAGGUCUGUAAUUUUUUUAUCAUAGGUACACUUCAACUGUGAGAGAUGGAAUCUAAAACAAAAAUCCAGAAAUCACAUUGUAUGAUUUUUAAGUAAUUAAUUUGCAUUUUAUUGCAUGACAUAAGUAUUUGAUACAUCAGAAAAGCAGAACUUAAUAUUUGGUACAGAAACCUUUGUUUGCAAUUACAGAGAUCAUACGUUUCCUGUAGGUCUUGACCAGGUUUGCACACACUGCAGCAGGGAUUUUGGCCCACUCCUCCAUACAGACCUUCUCCAGAUCCUUCAGGUUUCGGGGCUGUCGCUGGGCAAUAUGGACUUUCAGCUCCCUCCAAAGAUUUUCUAUUGGGUUCAGGUCUGGAGACUGGCUAGGCCACUCCAGGACCUUGAGAUGCUUCUUACGGAGCCACUCCUUAGUUGCCCUGGCUGUGUGUUUCGGGUCGUUGUCAUGCUGGAAGACCCAGCCACGACCCAUCUUCAAUGCUCUUACUGAGGGAAGGAGGUUGUUGGCCAAGAUCUCGCGAUACAUGGCCCCAUCCAUCUUCUCAUCAAUACGGUGCAGUCGUCCUGUCCCCUUUGCAGAAAAGCAUCCCCAAAUAAUGAUGUUUCCACCUCCAUGCUUCAAGGUUGGGAUGGUGUUCUUGGGGUUGUACUCAUCCUUCUUCUUCCUCCAAACACGGCGAGUGGAGUUUAGACCAAAAAGCUAUAUUUUUGUCUCAUCAGACCACAUGACCUUCUCCCAUUGACCGUCAUCUUGAACUUCUUCCAUUUUCUAAUAAUUGUGCCAACAGUUGUUGCCUUCUCACCAAACUGCUUGCCUAUUGUCCUGUAGCCCAUCCCAGCCUUGUGCAGGUCUACAAUUGUAUCCCUGAUGUCCUUACACAGCUCUCUGGUCUUGGCCAUUGUGGAGAGGUUGGAGUCUGUUUGAUUGAGUGUGUGGACAGGUGUCUUUUAUACAGGUAACGAGUUCAAACAGGUGCAGUUUAAUACAGGUAAUGAGUGGAGAACAGGAGGGCUUCUUAAAGAAAAAACUAACAGGUCUGUGAGAGCCGGAAUUCCUACUGGUUGGUAGGUGAUCAAAUACUUAUGUCAUGCAAUAAAAUACAAAUUAAUUACUUAAAAAUCAUACAAUGUGAUUUUCUGGAUUUUUGUUUUAGAUUCCGUCUCUCACAGUUGAAGUGUACCUAUGAUAAAAAUUACAGAGCUCUAAAUGCUUUGUAAGUAGGAAAACCUGCUAAAUCGGCAGUGUAUCAAAUACUUGUUCUCCCCCACUGUAGCGUAUGUAUGAGGACACUUUCCUAAUAUUGAGUUGACCCCCCCUUUUGCUCUCAAAACAGCCUCAAUUCAUCAACUACAGUUCUUGACAGAACCGGUGCGCCUGGCACCAACUACCAUACUCCGUUCAAAGGCACUUAAUAUUUUGUCUUUCCCAUUCACCCUCUGAAUGGCUCACAUACACAAUCCAUGUCUCAAUUGUCUCAAGGCUUUAAAAUCCUUCUUUAACCCGUCUCCUCCACUUCAUCUACACUGAUUGAAGUGGAUUUAAUAAGUGACAUCAAUAAGGGAUCAUAGCUUUCACCUGGAUUCACCUGGUACGUCUAUGUCAUGGAAAGAGGUGUCCUUAAUGUUUUGUACACUCAGUGUAAAUGUGAUGAUGUUGAUAGGCUUAUCGCUAACAGCUCUGCUAUCGCCCAGUCAUGGUGAACAGCCAGGACCACCAGCAAGAGUGUUUUUGUUUGUGAGUGAUCAUGUCUACACCUCUAUCACCUCCUCCCCCUCUCCUUCUCUCGCCCCAGACCCAGCCAUGAGGGACCGUCUGAGCCACAUGCAGGAGCUGUCCCAGUCCAAUGGCCAUGUGGAGCAGAUGGACUAUGCCGAGUCCAGGGAGUCCGUCUCCGGGGACUCCUUCAGCAAUGUGGACCUGGAGGAGGAGCUCCCUCACCAGGCUGUGGUGUGGGACAACACCCCUGAACUGGAGGAGGUCUUCUCCCAGUCCCAGGAGGUCCACCGUGAGGUCCAGCUUAUACGCCUGGAGGUCAAACGUCUCCGUGAGCAGAACUCACUCGUGCUCCAGGGCACCACUAGGAUGUCGGACGUUAAGAGAGACUCCAACGCCAUCGCGGCUGACAUCAAGGCCCGCGCUGAGGGUGUGCUGACGUGCCUCAAGGACAUGGACGCCGCAGUGCGGGUGCUGGAGGCAGCACACGGCUCCAACGCCGCCUUGACUCGCAUCGCCAGGACCCAGUACGCCUGCCUGAGUAACGGCUUCCGCGAUGCCAUGUUCGACUACAAUGAGGCAGAGAUGAGCCACAGGGAGAGUUGCAAAGCCCACAUUCAGAGGCAGAUGGAGAUUGUGGGGCGGGAGGUGACUGGUGAGGAGGUGGAGGAGAUGAUCGAGACAGGCCAGUGGAACGUCUUCAACGAGAACAUCCUGUCAGAGGGCAAGACGGCGCGCUCAGCGCUCAACCAGAUCGAGAGUCGCCACCGGGAGCUGCUGGACCUGGAGAGCAGGAUCCAGAGCAUCCAUGAGAUUUUCCUGGAUGUGGCUCUGCUGGUGGAGGAGCAGGGCCCCAUGAUGAACACCAUCCAGUCCAAUGUCCAGAACACAGAUGUGGCCAUCCAGGAGGCACUGGUCAAAAUCAGCAAGGCCAAGCGCCAUGACAAGAACAACCCCUUCAAGAAGAUGUUCUGCUGCUGCUUCCCCUGCGUCAACUGAGGCAGAGACUGAUGAGACUGAGGAAGAAGACUGGGC